UUAUUUUGGCAUCUGAAAAUAUUUAAUUAAAUUGAUUAAUUUAAUUUAUAUUCAGUUAAUAAAAUCGGAGCAGGUAUAACUUUGGUGGAGCUGCAGAAGCGUCGUGUUGUGUUGAAAUGUUUCGCUUGCUAUUAUACUCUUCUAUAGAUUUGUUACUGUUUUUUUCAUGGGUGAAUUGUGAAAAUGAUGAUAAUGUGACCUAUCCGCAAGAUGAUUUCAAAUGUUCUCUGCCUGACGUUAAGAGUUUGGAUGCUAAUCUGGAUAUAACAAGGUUUAGAUCAGAUUUUUCGAAAAUCUCGGAGGUGAAAUUCCCUGGACUCAUAGGGCCUUUGAAUGAGAGGCUGAUAUGUAAAAUUAAAUGCAUUGAUGGCAACUGGGUGGGACCGCUUUGCUCCAAUACCUCAGAUGGUAGAUUUCAACCGAUAUUAAGGGAAUGUCUAUAUCGCAAUGAUCAUCCACUUCUGGCCAUAUCAUUUAAAAAUUCAUCAAUAACUAAAGACACACAUUUUCCCCAUGGUUCCGUGCUGCUGUCUCGGUGCAAACACUUUGGCCUGUACAAGCUGAAAGGAGACAACAUGCUGCAUUGUGAGAAUGGAGAAUGGACACCCAAACUGCCAGAAUGUGUACCAACUACUGUUGUCACCAACUUUACUGGUGACGCGCCACCCACGAUACAAUACACGUUACUCAGCGGGUCGGCAGUGGUGGAGCAUUCUGGUGAACUGCACGUGUUUCCCGACAGCACGGUGCGACUCGACUGCGUGUCGCCGCGAGCGCUCGGCGACCCGGACUGGAGCUGGACGCAGGCCUUAGGACAACACCACUCUGCGUGGUCGAGUGAGGAAGGCGAGAAGGAUACUCACUACCGGCUGACGCUGAGCAAGAUGUCCGUCAGACACAGCGACCAGUAUACGUGCACCUCCCCCGGCGGCCACACCAACACUGUGCUCAUUAAAGUUGUUAAUGUGGUUUGCCCGCCGAUAGUGGUGACGUCCCCGCGAAUCCGCCAGUUCACUCAGGGCACGAAGCUGGGCAACUCGGCGCACUUCAGCUGUCAGCCGGGGUUCCAUCUUAACGGCUCUGCGAUACUCACUUGCAUGGCCAAUGGUCGUUGGUCGUCACUGCCCCCUACAUGUGAAGAGACAUUCUGUCCUCUACUUAAAACGUUGGGACCGCACCUAAGCGUGGUGGAAUACAACUCAUCGUUCGGCGGCCGCGCGAUGUUCCAGUGUAGUUGGGGAUACAGACUUGUGGGAGCGCCGGGAUUGGAGUGCGAAAUGGACGGCAAGUGGUCUGGGGAAGUGCCGCAUUGUAUACCAAUAUACUGCCCCGACCCUCUGGUGCCCGCUAAUGGACGCUUAUUGACGGAGCCAUCAGUCAAGCACGGCAAGUACCCAGUGGGCGACCUCAUGAUAUAUUCCUGUGACGAGGGCUACGAAAUCGUCGGCGAAUCUUCCAUAGUAUGCACAGAAAACGGAUUUUGGUCCCACCCGCCUCCAUUUUGCCUACCACCCUCAGAAAUCCGGAAAACAGACACCAUUUAUGUCGAAAAUACCACUCUGAUACACAUUGAUGAGUAAUGUCGAAGGUAUUAUGUAAACUUAUUUUUAACAGUAUUAUAUUACUUGCCAAAGUAUGCUUAUUAGUUUUUAGAUAAGUGUUAGUGAUAGUUAGGCUGUGAAAGUAUUACAUUACAUUUUAUCGAUGCAAAUUGGUUUAGAUUUGCCAAUUCAAACUCUUUGUUAAAGUUGAUGGAUAUUACAAUUACAUGAUUACUUCGCGAUAUUGCGUAAGAAAGUUGCCUCAC